AUCAAGCCCAUCUUAAAGCUGGGCCACACGCCCGACCGGCGCGCCCGCUAUAAACCUGCCUGUCACCCGGGGGUCCCUGCUGGAACACAGGAGUAGCCAGACAAUGGAGUCCGCCUUUCCAACAGCUGCGCGGCUCGGGCUCCAUGUCCUGCUCUACUCAUCGCUGCUCCUCAACGCCCUCUUCGUCGCGCACCACUUCCUCUCCGCCCCGCCAGCGCCGUCCCCGCUUCUCAGCGAGGCCAACAACGGCGGUGCGCUGAGCUGGGCGCUAAGGGCGGCCAGGGAGGCCGAGUCCGUGGCGGCGGCGGGAUGCUCCGGCCACGGCCGCGUGUUCCUGGAUGGCAUCGUCGGCGAGGACGGGCGGCCCGGGUGCGAGUGCAACACCUGCUUCGAAGGGCCAGACUGCUCCGUCCGGACGCCCGACUGCACCGUCGACGCCGACAGUGGGGACCCGAUGUUCCUGGAGCCGUACUGGAUGCGGCACGCGGAGGCCAGCGCCGUGGUGGUCUCCGGGUGGCACCGCAUGAGCUACAGAGCCACCGACGGUCUCUUCCAGUCCGUCGAGCUCGAGCGCUGCAUCAGGCGGCUGCACAGGGCCGUCGGUAACGCCGUCGCCGACGACAAGCAAAUCGUCUUCGCCACCGGCUCCAUGCAGCUGAUCAACGCGCUGGUGUACGCCCUGUCCCCGGACAGCAACUCCGGCUCCACGGCCAGCGUGGUCGCCACCACGCCGUACUACCCGGCUUACAGAACACAGAUCGUGUUGUUCGACAGCCGGGAGUACAAAUGGGCCGGGAACACCUCCAUGUGGGCCAAAGCGUCGGGGAACUCCACCACCAAGGAGGACGUCAUCGAGUUCGUGACGUCGCCGAACAACCCCGACGCCCUGCUCAACCAGCCCGUCGUCGGCGGCUCGUCGGCGAUCCUCGACCACGCCUACUUCUGGCCGCACUUCACGCAUAUCCCCGCGCCCUCCGACGCGGACGUCAUGCUCUUCACCACCUCCAAGCUCUCCGGCCAUGCCAGCAGUCGAUUCGGGUGGGCGCUGAUAAGGGACGAGAAGGUGGCCAAGCGGGUCAAUGACUACAUGAUGCAGAACACCAUGGGCGCGUCCCGCGACACCCAGCUCCGGAUGCUCAGCAUCUUCAAGGCCAUACUGGCCAACCUGCACGGCAAGGAGGACAUCUUCGCCUUCGGGCACGACGUCAUGAGAGCCAAAUGGCGCAAGCUCAGCGCCGUCGUGUCGCGCUCCCGCCGGAUCUCGCUGCAGAACAUCCCUCCGCAGUACUGCACCUACUUCGACAAGAUCAGGGAGCCAUCCCCAGCUUAUGCGUGGGUCAAGUGUGAGAGGGAGGAAGACAGUGACUGCUCCGACGUGCUGCUCAAGGCCAAGAUAAUCACACGGUCCGGCGUCUGGAACGACGCCAGCAGCCGGUACACGAGGAUAAGCCUCAUCAAGUCCCAGGACGACUUCGACCUGCUCCUCGAGAGGAUCACAGAAUUUGUCGAUGCCGAGCUCACCGCUGAUGGUUCCAACUCCAUGUGAUGUCCCAUGUUAAUAUACAGAAACGGGUCAAGAAAAUGUCAGUAUACAGAAGGUAUGUGUUCAGUUGGUAAAGCCUCUAGUGUUUAUGAUACCUUGGAAAGAUCUAAGUUAUUGCAUUAAUGUCAGAUCUUUCCAAGGUAUCAUAAACCAAAAUCAUCACUAUUCAAUAUUCCCUCCGUUCGAAAUUACUUGUCUCGAAAAUGGAUGUAUUUAGAACUAAAAUAUGUCUAGAUACAUCCAUUUCUGUGACAAGUAAUUUCAAGCGGAGGGAGUACUUUCCAAGUUAUUGCAUUGAUUGGACUACACGCAAGGUGAUGAUCACACGACCACACGUUGUGGAUGGACUAUGAACGAACACUGAACAUUACCGGAAUGAUCAGCUAUGCGUUGAUUGUUCUCUGUGUGUAUUACUAGUACUUAUUAGACAAGAAAAAUGUUUCCAUGCUGUAUUGAGUGGAGGAUUAAGGAGCGCAUGCAAAGCUCAGAAACUGGUACAUUAAUGCUAGUUUGUCCGAGUCAUCAUUUUCUUUUC